UACAGCAGGCUUUGCUUCGUUUCUUACUUCCUCUGGCUCUUUCGACGAAGAAGAGCGACUACUUCGCUUUCUUCCGGCGACGUAACUUCCUUUCUGUCCGUGCUAACCUCAGAGUGAACACGCGCUCUCCUGUGUAGCUCAAGAUGCGUUACGUUGCUGCUUACCUGCUGGCUGCCCUCGGUGGCAAUGAUAACCCUGAUGUCAAGGACAUCAAGAAAAUCCUGGACAGCGUUGGCAUUGAGGCUGAUGACACCCGCCUGCAGAAGGUCAUCGGUGAGCUGAAGGGCAAGAAUGUGAAUGACGUUAUUGCCACCGGUUACGGUAAGCUGGCCAGCAUGCCAGCAGGUGGUGCUGUAGCCGUUGCCAGCUCUGCGGCUGCUGGCUCGGGUGGAGCCGCAGCUCCUGCUGCAGCUGAGGAGAAGAAAGAGGAGAAGAAGGAAGAGUCUGAGGAGUCUGAUGACGACAUGGGAUUCGGCCUCUUUGAUUAAACUCUUUCAAAUGAUCAAUAAAGUUUUCAAAAAAGAAAAAA